AAAUUCCCCCCCAGGUGGUGUAAUGUUCUUCAUGUGCCACUUGCAGAAGAAGUAAGAUGAUUUUUAAACUGGUUCUGGUGCUGUCCAUAGCAGCUGCAAUUAGAGCUGCUCAAAUCUGCUACAACAGGCUGGGAUGUUUCACAGAUGAGCCCCCCUAUUUCGUUUCACUCGCCAGACCUGUCAGUCACUUCCCAUGGGCACCAGAGGUGAUCAACGUUCGCUUCCUGCUCUAUACUGUAAAGAAUCCAAACCAGUACCAAGUGAUCAGCGCUCUCAAUGUCUCCUCGAUCUUUGGCACUAACUUUAAACCCAGCCGGAAAUCCAUAUUCAUCAUCCAUGACUUGGUGGAGACGGGGGACAAGCUGUGGUUGGUAGAGAUGUGUCAGGCUCUCCUGAAGGUGUCGGAUGUCAACUGUUUCUGUGUAGACUGGAGUGGAGGAUCAUUUGCCCUCUACACACAAGCAUCCAGAAAUAUCCAUGUGGUUGGCGCUGAAAUUGCUUUUUUCUUGCGCUUUGUACAGGCAGUGUUUGACUAUAAAAUGCAUGACGUCUACCUGAUUGGGCACGGCCUGGGGGCACACAUUGCUGGUGAUGCUGGAAGGAGCCAGAAGGGCAUUGGAAGAAUUUCUGGUUUGGAUCCGGCUGGUCCCCAUUUUGAAAAUGCCCCACCUGAUCUGAGACUGGACCCUACAGAUGCAGUUUUCGUUGAUGCCAUUCACACAGAUGUGUCUUCUGAUGCUUUUCAUCUUGGUUUUGGCAUGAAGCAGACAGUUGGCAAUGUUGACUUCUUCCCCAAUGGUGGUGAAAAGAUGCCCGGCUGUGAGAAAAUGUCUUUUAGAUUUGAAGAUCUCGAUAACAUGAUUGCAGAGCUUCAUGAGAAGGUCUUCUGCAACCAUCAAAUGAGUGUCCAGUUCUUUACAGGGAGCGUCCUGAAGCCUGACGGUUUAAUUGGUUACCCUGCUUCAUCGUACAGUGCUUUUCUAGAGGGAUUUGGGUUCCCAUGCACCAAAAUAAGUUGUGCCUUCAUGGGGUACAAGGCGGAUGAAUAUGUGCUUGGUCAUUUUCAAGACUCUACAAUCAACCAGAUCUUUUCCCUGAACACCGGAGACCGUUCAAAUGUCCUGCGCUGGAGGUACAACAUAUCUAUCACAAUCAUGGGCUCGAAAUAUGUAUUGGGGACUCUUUCCAUGUCUCUUUGUGGAAAGGAUGAAUGUUCCGGUCUGUAUAAAAUUUACAGUGGACUCCUUCGAUCUGGUUCAACCUACUCCUCUCUUGUUGAUGUGGAGGUAGAUGUGAAUCCCGCCCAGACGGUGGAAUUUGUCUGGCAUAAAAGUAUCUUCUCCAUCCUGCAUCCCAAGCUGGGUGCCUCAGCUGUCACAUUACAAUACGGACCUAGUGGGGAGAUGUACAAGUUCUGUGGAGGUGACCUGACUGGAGAAGAUACAAAACAGACACUGGACGAAUGUUAUGUUUUAUAGAUUCAAUUUUAUAUAUUGCUAAUAAAUGGGGGG